UUGCGUUGGAUUUUGGAAGGGCUGCCUGCGACUGCGAGAGGGUUAGUCGCCCGUCGUCUCGUCUCCUCCCUCCCGCAGCAACCAAACCGACAGAUCCGUCCUGCCUUGCUAGGGUGCGUGCCAAGCCAUGGACGCCGACUGGCGCUCGCAGCUCCAGCCCGCGGCGCGCAACAGGAUCGUCAACAAGAUAAUGGAGACUCUGACGAAGCAUAUCCCAGUACCACCGCCACUGCCAGAGGAUCUGAUUGAGCUUCGAAAGAUCGCUGUGCGAUUUGAAGACAAGAUGUAUGCCGCAGCCUCCAGCCAGUCUGAUUAUUUGCGCAAGAUUGCUCUCAAAAUGCUGGCUGUGGAGACCUACACAAAGACACAGCACAACCCUGGAAACGCUCAAGUCAGUCCAAUUCUGAAACCAUCAGAUCCAGGUAGCAGCAGCAAAGGGAAGAAGGGAAAGAAGCUGAGAUGCCAUUUCUGCAAGAAAGGUGGUCAUUUCAAGAAGGACUGCCCCAAGAAGAAAAAAUGGUUCGAAUGGUUGACGGUUCCUGCAGGUAGCAGCAGCAAAGGGAAGAAGGGAAAGAAGCUGAGAUGCCAUUUCUGCAAGAAAGGUGGUCAUUUCAAGAAGGACUGCCCCAAGAAGAAAAAAUGGUUCGAAGAGAAAUGUAUAUGAAUUGCUUAUGAUCCAACCCAUAAGCGGACCUAAAAUACAUGGGAAUGGAGUGAAGGCACUGAAUUGAAUGGACCGGGACUUGUGAAUAAUCCUUGACAUUGGUCUGUGCUCUUAGAGCUAAAAGGGUGUCUUUAUGUUUUUGAAUGUUCUAGAAAUCUUAUGUCUAUGAAAAAGUUGGAUGUACUAAGUUUUAAGUCUGUGGACAUAGACAUUGUGUUCUCUUAUAUAAGAAUUAAGUAUGGUUAUAGUUCCGGUACUUUGAUUGAUGGUUUAUACCGUUUCAACCUUGAUAUUUUUCGAAACUCCUCUUUCAUGCUGAACACAUUAUUGAAAAUAAAUGUAAUACACAUAAUGAGCUGAA